AUGACCAAGGACAAACACCAUGAUGCUGCUCAUGAAAUUAUUGAGACAAUUCGGUGGGUCUGUGAAGAAAUCCCAGAUCUCAAGCUUGCUAUGGAAAACUAUGUUUUAAUUGACUAUGAUACAAAAAGCUUUGAAAGCAUGCAGAGGCUUUGUGACAAGUACAACCGAGCCAUUGAUAGCAUUCAUCAGUUGUGGAAAGGAACCACCCAACCGAUGAAACUGAACACUCGUCCCUCCAACGGGCUCCUCCGGCACAUCCUGCAGCAAGUGUAUAACCACUCAGUGACUGAUCCAGAGAAACUUAACAACUAUGAGCCCUUUUCCCCAGAGGUUUACGGAGAAACUUCCUUUGACUUAGUGGCCCAAAUGAUAGAUGAAAUUAAAAUGACAGAGGACGACUUGUUUGUUGACUUGGGCAGUGGUGUGGGUCAGGUGGUGCUUCAAGUGGCUGCAGCCACAAACUGCAAACAUCACUAUGGUGUGGAGAAAGCUGAUAUUCCAGCCAAAUAUGCUGAGACGAUGGACAGAGAGUUCAGAAAGUGGAUGAAAUGGUAUGGGAAAAAACAUGCAGAAUACACACUGGAAAGAGGUGACUUCCUCUCAGAAGAAUGGAGAGAGAGAAUUGCAAACACAAGUGUUAUUUUUGUGAAUAACUUUGCCUUUGGUCCUGAGGUGGAUCACCAACUGAAGGAGCGAUUUGCGAACAUGAAGGAAGGUGGGAGAAUUGUGUCCUCAAAACCUUUUGCACCUCUAAAUUUUAGAAUUAACAGUCGAAACUUGAGUGAUAUUGGCACUAUAAUGAGAGUUGUGGAGCUAUCACCACUGAAAGGGUCUGUGUCAUGGACCGGGAAACCAGUUUCUUACUACCUGCAUACUAUUGACCGAACCAUACUUGAAAACUAUUUUUCUAGUCUCAAAAAUCCAAAACUCAGGGAGGAACAAGAGGCAGCUAGACGUCGUCAACAAAGAGAAAAUAAGAGCAACACAACUACUCCAACGAAGGUUCAAGAAAACAAGGAUUCUGGUGCUGAAGAAGAAAAGGCUGCGGCAAAUUCUGUUAAAAAGCCAUCUCCCUCCAAAGCACGGAAGAAGAAGCUAAGUAAAAAAGGAAGGAAAAUGGCAGGCAGGAAACGAGGACGCCCCAAGAAAAUGAACACUGCAAAUACAGAGCGCAAGACCAAGAAGAACCAAACUGCACUAGAACUUCUGCAUGCUCAAACUGUUUCACAGACAUCUUCAUCCUCUCCUCAGGAUGCGUACAAGUCACCUCAUAGUCCAUAUUACCAACUACCUCCUAAAGUGCAACGGCAUUCAUCUAACCAGCUACUGGUGACACCUACCCCACCUGCACUACAGAAGCUGCUAGACUCUUUUAAGAUCCAGUACAUGCAGUUCAUGGCAUACAUGAAAACUCCACAGUAUAAAGCAAGUCUGCAACAGUUACUGGAGCAGGAAAAGGAAAAGAAUGCUCAGUUACUGGGCACAGCACAGCAGUUAUUCACCCACUGCCAGGCACAGAAAGAGGAAAUCAAACGGCUUUUUCAGCAGAAACUUGAUGAGUUGGGAGUUAAAGCUCUAACGUACAAUGACCUGAUUCAGGCUCAGAAGGAAAUCUCUGCUCACAAUCAGCAACUGAAAGAACAGACGAAACAGCUGGAGAAGGAUAACAGUGAACUCAGGAACCAGAGCUUACAGCUGCUUAAGGCACGGUGUGAAGAACUGAAGCUGGAUUGGUCAACACUGUCACUGGAGAACUUGCUGAAAGAGAAGCAGGCGUUGAAGAAUCAGAUUUCUGAGAAACAAAAGCACUGUUUGGAAUUGCAGAUCAGCAUUGUGGAACUUGAGAAAAGUCAAAGACAGCAGGAGCUCAUGCAGCUGAAAUCGUACACGCCGUCUGAUGAGUCACUGUCAGUACAGCUACGCAAUAAAAACCAUUUGAGCCGUGAUCCUGAGGCUGAUCACGGCAGGUUCCAACUGGAGCUUGAAUGCUCUAAGUUUCCUAUGCCCCACAUCAAUGGCAUGAGCCCUGAACUGUCCAUGAACGGCCAUGCUACUCCCUAUGAAAUCCAUAACGCCUUUAGCAGGCCCUCUUCCAAGCAGAACACCCCGCAGUACACGACCUCUCACCUGGACCAAGAAAUAGUUCCGUGUACCCCAAACCACAGCAGCAGACAGAAGGCAGACAAGACGACAAGCUUGUCCUUACCUGAUUAUACCAGGUUUUCCCCAGCUAAAAUAGCACUAAGGAGACACUUGAAUCAAGACCAUGCAGUCAAUGGAAAAGCAACAACUAAUGAGAUACAGAGAGCUGACCAUGUCAAAGAGAAUGGCCUUACAUAUCCAAGCCCCGGUAUUUCAAAUGGCAUAAAGCUGAGUCCUCAGGAAACUCGGCCCUCUUCCCCAGCGGCCUUACCAAUUGCAGGCGAGAAGGUUUUGAGAGAGAGAACUUCUGUGAGUAAUGGAGAAACUAUCACCAGCCUACCUAUCAGUAUUCCUCUCAGCACAGUGCAGCCCAAUAAACUCCCUGUUAGUAUCCCUCUGGCCAGCGUAGUCCUACCUAGCCGUGUUGAGAAGGUGAGAAGCACACCUAGCCCAGUUCAUCAGAGUAGAGACUCAUCGACACUUGAAAAGCAGAUUGGUGCUAGUUCUCAUAAUGGCAUAAGCAAUGCUGCUGGAAACAAGCCACUGGCUUUGGCUACCUCAGGACAUGUAAAACAAUCCCCUUCCAACAAGCACAGUCCUCUGCCCACGAGCGCUCGGCUGGACUGUGGCCAAGCACACGUGCAGGAUGGGAAGAAGCGAGGCCGGCGGAAGAGAUCCUCUACUGGGAAUCUCAGCGGGAACUCCGGGGUCUCCCCUAAACGCAAAUCCUUACCUACUGUGUCUGGACUCUUUACGCAACCAUCAGGUUCACCGCUCAAUAUCAACUCCAUGGUCAAUAACAUUAACCAGCCUUUAGAAAUAACAGCCAUUUCCUCUCCUGAAAACUCCCUGAAGAACUCUCCUGUUCCUUACCAGGACAAUGACCAGCCCCCGGUACUGAAAAAGGAAAAGCCCCUCAUUCAGACCAACGGCGUUCAUUACUCUCCUCUAACAUCAGAUGAAGAGCAGGGAUCUGAAGAUGAGCACAACAGCAGCAGAAUCGAGAGGAAAAUUGCAACAAUAUCAUUGGAAAGCAAAUCUCCACAGAAGACUGUUGAAAAUGGUGGCAGCUUAUCUGGGAGGAAGCAAGCACAAAGCAACGAGAACAUGAAUAGCAGUAAAUGGAAAUCUACUUUUUCACCAAUAUCUGACAUCAACCUGACCAAAACUACAGAUAGUCCUUUGCAGUCAUCUCUGAGCCAGAAUUCGCUGUUUGCCUUCAGGCCGUCCUCCGAGGAUAGCCUUGCCAUUGACGCCAAGAUCACAGCACACACGAGGAAAAGCAUUGCCAUGCCCUCCUCUGGGGCAGAUGGGCUCAGCCCUGGUACAAAUUCCACUAACGGAUUCGCCUACAAUGGUGGACUGUCAACUGACAUUGGUUUACACAGCUUUAUUGAUGGUGCUUCUCUUCCGCAUAAGGCUUCAGACAUGACGACUUCCAACUGCUCCCUGGGUUUCCAGUCGCAGCGAAGCAAAGAUGUGGGGGUAUCGGAAACGAAUCCUUUUUUGAACAAGAGGCAACUCGAAGGCCUCAGCGGUACGAAAGGAGAAGACUUAAAUCGGUCAGGGGUCAAAGGCAAAGAGAUCAGCGAAAUAAGCAUUCGUACUGGGGGUUCUUCAGAAAAAAACUCUUUGCAGCAUAAUGGAAAGGUUGGCAAAGGAAGGGACCGAGAUGUGGAGUUUAAAAACGGCCACAACCUUUUCAUUUCUGCUGCUGUUUCAUCUGGUGGCCUUCUGAAUGGUAAAAGCCUUUCUACUGCUGUUUCUUCAGCAGGCAACCCAGCAUCUUCUGUUCAGACGCACCAUCCUUUCCUAAACACUUUGACCACUGGAUCGCAGUUUCCCCUCGGCCCCAUGGCCUUGCAAGCAAACCUCAACUCGGUGACAAAUUCCUCAGUAUUGCAGUCCUUAUUUAAUUCAAUGCCAGCUGCUGCCAGUCUGGUCCACGUGUCAUCAGCUGCAACCAGACUGACUAAUUCUCACACUAUGGGGAACUUCUCUCCUGGGGUUACAGGUGGAACAGUUGGAGGUAUUUUUAACCAUGCGGUGCCUUCUGCCUCCUCUCCUCAUCAAUUUGGAGCCAGUUUCAGCAGCAGUGCUGUCUCUAGCAGCACAGUGCUAAGCUUAAACCCUCUGCAGGCUGUUGCCAGCACCUCAUCCUCAUCCUUCCCACCCCCCUCCUCUAAUUUAGUAACAUCUAGUGAGACUAGAUCUGCUCAGCACCUCAACAGAGCACCAGUGCAAUCUGUUUUCCAUUCCCCUCCGCCCCCUCCUAACGUUUCGUUGCCCCCACCUCCUCCAUUACUUGCUUCUAACUCCGAGCCUGCGCUUCUGCAGAACCUGCCAUCCAUCCCACCUGGCGAAGCUUUUUUGCCAUCCUCUUCUGCUGCUUCUGUCCAAUCUGUUAAUGCUUCUUUGUCUAUUAAGCUAGCUUCUCUCCAGCACAAAACCUCCCGCCCCUCCUUUACAGUCCAUCACCCGCCUCUGCCCCGUUUGGCGCUGGCACAGUCCGCGCCCAUGAUCACGCAGUCCAACACAGCUGGCACGUCCGCUAUGUGGGUUACACUUGGCAUGCAGUCUCCUUAUGCUUCGCACCUUUCUGGGGUUAAGCCACGAUAA